AAAACAUUCGGCAAAUUCCCCACAAGUUUCAUUUCAGCACCCAAAAAGCAACACCAAUUGGCACUAACAAAACACAAUAGUUAAAGAGUUUUUUCUUGUGAUUAAAAAAUGCCUCCUCAAACACCUACAACACCAAACAAAUUUUAUUUCUUCUAUGGCCACCGCAAACCCUCCCAAAACCGCCCCACGGUACGCGGCGGCCUUUUCUCCAAUCGCCAAACUCUCGCUCCUCCCAAACCUAAAUCCAACAAACUAACUCACCAUUUCGAAAUCCAAAAGUGGGACCCACACUUUCUCUCCCAAUCAAACUCCCCAUCCCCGGACACAUCAUUCUCCGCCUCCAUCCGCCUCUCCCCGAUCGCCAGAUUCAUCAUCGACUCCUUCCGCAAAAACGAUUACAAAUGGGGCCCCACCGUCGUAACUGAACUCAACAAACUCCGCAGGGUUACUCCCACCCUAGUUGCCGAGGUGCUUAAAGUCCAAACUAACCCUACCCUCGCUUUCAACUUUUUUCACUGGGUAGAGAAACAGAAAGGUUAUCAUCAUAAUUUCGCCUCCUUCAACGCUUUCGCUUAUUUCCUUAACCGUGCCAACCAUUUCCGCGCCGCUGAUAAUCUCCCUGAGCUGAUGGACGCUCAGGGAAAGCCUCCGUCUGAGAAGCAAUUCGAGAUCUUAAUUCGAAUGCAUUCCGAUGCUGGUAGAGGUCUUAGGGUUUAUCAUGUUUAUGAUAAGAUGAGGAACAAGUUUGGUGUGAAACCUAGGGUGUUUUUGUAUAAUAGGAUUAUGGAUGCUUUGGUUAAGACUGGGCAUUUGGAUUUGGCUUUGUCAGUUUAUAGUGAUUUUAGGGAGGAUGGAUUGGUUGAAGAGACUGUUACUUUUAUGAUUUUGAUUAAGGGAUUGUGUAAUGCCGGGAAAAUUGAUGAGAUGUUAGAGGUUUUGGGGAGGAUGAGGAACAAAUUGUGUAAACCGGAUGUGUUUGCGUAUACCGCAUUGGUUCGGAUUAUGGUUCCAGCGGGGAAUUUAGACGGUUGUUUGAGGGUUUGGGAGGAAAUGAAGAGAGAUAGAGUCGAGCCAGAUGUCAUGGCAUACAGUACUAUCAUUGGUGGUUUGGCUAAAGGGGGAAGGGUUUUGGAAGGUUAUGAGUUGCUUAAGGAGAUGAAGAGUAAGGGUCAUUUGAUAGAUAGAGCAAUAUAUGGAUCGUUGGUUGAGUCAUUUGUGGGGGAGAAUAAGGUCGGUUUGGCCUUUGAUUUGUUGAAGGAUUUGGUGAGCUCGGGAUACCGGGCUGAUUUGGGGAUUUAUAAUAACCUUAUUGAAGGUUUGUGCAAUAUGAAUAAGCUUGAGAAGGCCUACAUGCUUUUCCAAGUUACUAUUAAGGAGGGUCUUGAGCCAGACUUCUUGUCUGUAAAACCGUUAUUGUUGGCUUAUGCCGAAAAGAAACAAAUGGAAGAAUUUCUUAAGUUGCUCGAGAAGAUGGAGAAAUUGGGAUUUUCAGUUAUUGAUAAUCUAUCCAAAUUCUUCUCCCAUUUGGUUGAAAAGCUAGGACCGAUAAUGGCAAUGGAGGUAUUUACACACUUGAAAGAAAGAGGUUAUGUCAGCGUUGAAAUAUACAGUCUUGUUAUGGAUUCUCUUUACUUGAGUGGUGAAGUGGAGAAAGCAUUAUCACUCUUUGAUGAAAUAAAGAGCUCAGACUUGAAGCCGGACUCAUCUAUAUAUAACAUAGCAAUUCUUUGCUUUGUUGAUCGUGGCGAAAUUAAGGAGGCAUGUUUAUGUCAUAAUAAGAUCAUUGAGAUGUCUUGCAUUCCUUCUGUGGCUGCUUAUUGUUGCCUUGCUAAAGGACUUUGCGAAAUUGGAGAGAUUGAUGAAGCUAUGAUGCUUGUUAGAGACUGCUUAGGCAGUGUUGUUAGUGGACCUAUGGAAUUUAAGUAUUGUCUAACCAUUCUUCACAUUUGCAAGUCAAAUGAUGCAGAAAAGGUGAUCAGUGUAUUGAGUGAGAUGAUGCAACAGGGUUGCUCUUUAGGCAAUGUUGUAUGUUCUGCAAUUAUAUCUGGCAUGUGCAAGUAUGGAACAAUUGAAGAGGCCAGAAAGGUUUUCUCAAAUUUGAGGGAUCGUAAAUUGUUGACCGAAUCUGACACAAUUGUGUACGAUGAAUUACUAAUUGAUCACAUGAAGAAAAAGACAGCAGACUUGGUAAUAUCAGGAUUGAAGUUCUUUGGUCUAGAAUCUAAACUAAAGUCAAAGGGUUGUAAGCUGUUGCCAGAUUGAAAAUUGGUGUGGAGACCAAUUAAUUCCUUCUUUUUCAACAUGCAUAAUGAUGCUGCCUGAAAAGCAUUUUGGAGAGGUUGACCAUUGUUUUUAUUCACUUAUCCUCUAGCAUCAACAUGCAGUAUCUGAUAUAGCCGUGGAAUGUUACAAAGAAUUAGCCACAUGUUGCUGGACCUUGUUGCAUACUCUAUACUAUUGGACUGUUGCACUAUGGAGGUCAGCUGUUUUGUGUUGCACAUAUCGUAUCAUGUAACAAACAAUGAGACUUUUGAAAGGUCACUCGAAAUCAAAUCAUAGUAUAAGCUCGAACUUGCUUGGUUUUCUUCACCUCAAACUUUCCUUUUUUUCCCUCGUUCUUUGGAUUGGAUAUCGCACUCUGAAUUCGUGAAUUGGUUCUUUCUGUUCGAUUGAGAAAAGAAGCUAUGAAGGCUUUGCUUCUUCUGUUGAUUUUGCAGAUUGUAGAGUUGAAGCUCCGGUUGCAGAGUUGAAUUCAGAUUGCAGAAUUGAUCCCCAGGUUGAAAGAUGUUAUGCAGGUUGCAGAAUUAGUUUGAGGAUGUAGAGGGAUUUCAAUCCCGGUUCUAUUUCUGAUGGCUUGUUUUUGAAGAAGUUUGGAGUGGGUUUGAGGGUAUUAAAGUUAGUAACUAAUUUUGUUAUGUUAGUCAUGCUGAAUUGUGUUGUUGUGUUUCUGCUACAGAUUGCAACUGUCCAUGUUAGCUAGAAUUAUUUCAAUGCCUUAACCUGUUUGCUGCAGAAUUGAGCCAGAGAGGGUGCAUUGAACGGUUGCUGCAACUUGAUGUCGAUAUGUGUUGGGUCUGUUAUGGCAUUGUGUUUCAUGCAAAUGGUUAGCUUGUCUGGCUGCAGGUACAUGUUAGUAGGGUUGAUGCUAGUGUGAAGUUGCUGCCAUGAAUUGAGCAUGUGAUGUCAUGUCGUGGUUGCUCGAUGACAGUAUCCUGUCACUUGUAAAAAUGAGGCAUCUAUGUUAUGAUGUGGGCUUGUUGAUGGGAUGGAUUGUCAUGCCAAAGUGUUGGUCCAUAGUGAUCAUGAAGUGUAGUAUUUGGAACAUGUCAUGUAGCAUAAAAGCUAGUGUAGGAUUAGGACCUUUUUGUAAGAACAACAUGUAAUGUCAUAUUUUAGUAUCAAUGCUCAUUCUCAUGGAUAAAUACUAGCAAUGUAUUGAUAUGGAAAUGGAAUUUUGUAUGAAUAAAUUUGUAAUGGCAAUGUAGGAAGUUGAAUGAGUUUAUGUAAUGACUUGUGUAAUGUGUAUUGAAUCAAAAUUUUGGUGUUUGGUUGUGAAAUGUAUAUUAUUUGUGCUUGAAAUAAAAGUUAAUUCUUGAAUGAA